UGGCGGCGGUCUUGCUGGGAGUCCUCUGAACCGUAGCAUCAGCGUGACGCUUCCUAGUUUCCAGCCCUGACACACAGUGGCACAUCCUAGCCUUGACCCUCCCUGCUUGUAAUGCGUCUGAAACUAGAGUUUCAUCUUCCGCGUUUAGCUUCGCCUGAUCAUUCGCCCGUUUCUAACGCUGCCUGACAUGUAAAUACUACUAGCGCACCAGAGCAGCAGGACGAGGCAUAAAUAAAGAAUAUACAACAGCUUCAACUCCUAAGCAUCUCCUAACAUUGUUUCCGGGAGAUUAGUCAGCCGUUAAAAAUGGACGGCAAUCCCUACGUCCAUCAUAAUCGCAGUCAUCACCGUCGGAGCCAUCUUCCCUACGCCGACCCACGAGCUCUCGGAGCCAACGAUUACUUCUCCCAUUGGCCACCAGCUGCUAGCGGUGUCCCCGGCGGCGGUAUCGGCGGCGGAAUCGUCGGCGGACUCGGCGGCAAUACCGCCGGCGGUAUCGCUGGCGUUUCCCCCGCUUCCGCCUCCGCCGCUGUUUCCAUCUCCCAGUUCCUCCCCACUCACUCGCCGAUCGUUUCCGCCUUCGGCGCAGCUCGUUCCACCGCGGAGCAUUCCGCGGGCGCCGUGCAGCCGUUUCUGCGGAAUGAAGCGCAUUCUUCCGCGCCUUCCGCCCCUUCCGCGCAGUCUGCUCUUGAGUCUUCCCUGCUUGAAUCGCAGCUGCUAUCCGCAGUCGCGCAGCCGACGUCGCAGCUGCAGUCGCAGCAAGCGUCGCACUUGCUGGCGCAGGGUGUGUAUCAGGAAGAGCAGUUCCGUCAGGCGCCCUUGCGGCAGAGUCAGCAUCAGCUGCAGCAGUACCAGCACCAGCAGCAGUAUUCUCAUCAACAGCAGCAGCGUCAGCGGGAGCAGCAGUUUCAGCUGCACGAACAGCAGCAACAGCAGCUGCAGCCGCAGCCGCUCCCGCAGCUGCUUCAGCAACAUCUCUUCCAGCAGCAGCCGCAGCAGCAGCAGCAGCAGCAGCAGCAGCAGCAGCAGGGGCCAGUAGCGGAUCAGCCGCAAGUGCUUCAAUAUCUCGUGCAACAGCAGCGAAACGUCCAGUCAGCCGCAAACUGGCAGCAGCAGCAGCAGCAGCAGAACCAGCAGCAGCAGCAGCAGCAGCAGCAGCAGCAGCAGCAGCAGCAGCAGCAGCAGCAGCAGCAGCAGCAGCAGCAGCAGCAGCAGCAGCAGCAGCAGCAGCAGCAGCAGCAGCAGCAGCAGCAGCAGCAGCAGCAGCAGCAGCAGCAGCAGCAGCAGCAGCAGCAGCAGCAGCAGCAGCAGCAGCAGCAGCAGCAGCAGCAGCAGCAGCAGCAGCAGCCAGCAGCAGCAGCAGCCAGCAGCAGCAGCAGCAGCAGCAGCCAGCAGCAGCAGCAGCAGCAGCAGCAGCAGCAGCAGCAGCAGCAGCAGCAGCAGCAGCAGCAGCAGCAGCAGCAGCAGCAGCAGCAGCAGCAGCAGCAGCAGCAGCAGCAGCAGCAGCAGCAGCAAGGGUACGAGCAGCAGGGCCCAUCAGAGUCGUACCAGCAGCAGCAGCAGGCCUUCCGACAGCAGCAGGCGCAGCAGCCACAGGAGCAGUUUCAGAUUGAGCAGCAGCAGCAGCAUCAGGAGCAGGUAGAUCAGCCGUAUUUUCUCGAGUUCAUGCAGCAACAGCCGCAGGAUCAGCAGCAACCGCAGCUGCCGCAGGAGCAGCAGGAGGUGGGGCAGCAUGCAGAGGAGAACGAGUUUCAGACGCACCAGCUUCCGUUCUACACCCAGCAGCAGCAUGAGCAGCAGCAGCAGCAGCAUGAGGAGGCGUUGGAGGAGGAGGAUGUGGGGGAGGGGGAGGUGGAAGAGGAGGAGGAAGAUGAGGAGGAGGAAGAGGAGGUGGGGGAGUAUCAGCAAGAGGAGCAGCAGCACGAGAUGCAGGGAGACUUGUCACUUGUAGGCUCGGCAGUGGCAGGCUUGGAACUCGUAAGUUCGGCAGUGGCAGACCUAGCAGCGGACGGAGCUGUCACAUUUGUUUUCGAGGAGGUUGAGGUGGCUCGACUGGAAGGGGCGGCGGAGGAGGGGGAGGGGAAUGAGGGGGAAGGGGAGGGGCAGAGGAUUGAGAGAGAGGAUGGGUUUGAAGAACAAGGGGAAUAUGGCAGGGUAAUGGGUGCGAAAGAGAGCAGGAAGAGGAGGCUGGAGGAAUUGGGCCAGGAGGAGGAAGAGGAGGAAGAAGGCGAGGGAGGAAAAGGAGGAGAAGAGGGGGAAGGGGAGGGAGACGGAGAGGGCCGCAAGGAGGGAGAGCAGGAAGGAGAGCAGGAGGAGGAGGAGGAUGGAGGGGAAGAAGGCGAGGGAGAAAAAGGAGGAGAAGAAGGGGAAGAGGAGGGAGACGGAGAGGGGGAGCAGCAAGGAGAGCAGGAGAAGGAGGGGGAUGGAGCGAGUGAUAAAGCGGCUUUCCUCCGACCAUCUGUUCGCACAACUCCUUCCCCGUUCCUCUGCUCCAAAGCCGACUUUCAACAGCUCUUAUCCUGCAUCGAGACCGCUUCUAACGAGGACGCCAUAGCCAUGGUCCUCCAGCUCCUUCUAGAGGAGCAGCGUGCCGCCAAGGAAUCCUCCUUUUUCCUAAGACGGCUCCGACUGAUUCGCUCGGAGUACCUCGAGCACCACCACACCCUCGUGAGGUCCAUCAAGUUCAAUCUCAACCGAGACGUCGCAGACAAUGAUGCGAUCUGCCAGCAGGAGAUCCAACGGCUGAGGCGCGUCUGCGAGGCCGGCAUGACAGCUGGAGCGAUGCUGUCGCGGCAGCAGAUGGUCCACACGCAGAUCUGGCCGCGCCCACGGUGCCGCGCCUGGUGGGAGGAGUGUAUUGACCCGAAUUACCCUCCCGAGGCGUUCCGGAAGGCGUUCCGAAUGAGCCGGGAGACGUUUAUGGAGCUCUGUGGCAUGCUGGCACCGCUGAUUGUGAAAACGUCAACCGAAUUCAAGAAGGCAAUGUCAGUGGACAUCAGGCUUGGAGCAUCGCUCUGGCGCCUGGCCACGGGCGAGCCUAUCGGGCUGAUCUCCAGGAGGUUUGUGCUCAGCAAGUCCACGGUGCAUGUCUUUGCCAAUGAGGUCCUCAAGGCGCUGAACCAAGUUGUUCUGCCCAAGGUGGUCGUCUGGCCCGAACCGGGCAGCGCUCGGGCAGCUGAAAUUUCUGCCCAGUUUCUCGAGGUUUGUGGGGUGGAUCACGCCUCUUCUGUGGCGCAGCAGCUGGGGAACGGGCAGCUGAUAGGAACUCUUUACACCACACACCUCCCCAUCAAAACCCCGGGAUCCAAGAUGGCUACGUACCACAACAAGCAGCACACAGAACGGUUCGCCCAGCCCUCCUACUCCAUGGUGAUGCAAGCAGCGAUCGAUGCGAGCGGGCAAUUUUUAGACCUUUGCAUCGGGCUGCCCGGAUCACUUUCUGAUGAGGAGGUUUUGCAGCACUCGAGUCUUUACCAAAAAGGGCAGGCUGGAGAUUUGAAAGGAGCGAAGCUGAUUGGCUGUCGGUCUUAUCCUCUCCAGGACUGGCUGCUGGUCCCGUACGGCCAAUCAGACAGCGCCACGUGGUACCAGACCACGUUCAAUGAGUGCAUCGAGAAGGGGACUGCAGUGGGGAAGGACGCGAUUGACCGGCUGAAAGGGCGAUGGAGAAUUCUGCUGAGGCGGGCCGAGGGCAAUUUGCACGAGCUGCCAAGAUUGGUGGGGGCGUGCUGCGCGCUGCACAAUUUCCUGGAGCAGAAGGGCGAGGCGUUUGACCCUGACUGGGCGUACGACGCCUUUGAUGACUUUGUCCCUGCGAAGAGGGCGGAUGAGGAGUCGCCGACUGCUGUGGCGGAGAGGGAUGCGCUGGCCCAGGGCAUGUUCCAGGCUGUGCACGGGUGGCAGGGGGCUGCUGCCAAUGCGCUCUAAGGGGUGUGUGCCUACAAUGGCGCGUUGAGGGAGGGGGAAGCUUCCUCCCCCUCCACAGUGCUGGUCGGCUGCAUGCAGUCUGUGCCUACCUCACAUGCCUCUGGGCGGCCCUCUGCAUCGUCAUCUCUGUGUGGCUCCGGUGGAUCCCAGAGGUUGAUGCCAUCAUCAGCCUUCCAUCCCAUCCCAAAGGUCCAGUCACUGUCCCACUGCUCUGCCGUGGUCUGCACGCCUCCGAAUGAGCAUUUUGGUGCCGUGCCCUUGGAGGCCAUGGCAGCAAGCAAGCCAGUGGUGGCAUGCAACAGUGGAGGGCCAACCGAGAGCAUAUUUGAUGGCUACCCUGUCAAACAUAUUUGUAUAUGUUAUAAUAGGCUAGAUAGGUGCAUGCUCUUAGAGGGUACAACCAUUUGAACAGAAUCAACCUGUAUGCCUCAUUCUAGUAAACUUUUCUACUC